GUGCAUUUAUCAGGCACAAAAUAGUAAGCGCUAUGAACGGCACAAACCCUAAUUUGGCUCGAGCGAGGUUCUUUGCCAGCAGCCCGGUAAGAAGGACCGCCCAGACGCUAAGGGUGUUGUGAAGAUUUCUGCACACUUCUUCAAGAAAAUCCAGAGUUAAAUCAUCCUGUUGGCCAUGACGGAGUACAAGUUGGUGGUGGUGGGUGACGGAGGCGUGGGGAAGAGUGCCCUCACCAUACAGCUCAUACAGAACCAUUUUGUACAGGAGUACGACCCAACUAUAGAGGACUCGUACAGAAAGCAGGUGGUGAUCGAUGGGGAGACGUGUUUGUUGGACAUCUUAGACACAGCAGGGCAAGAGGAGUACAGUGCCAUGAGAGACCAGUACAUGAGAACAGGAGAAGGAUUUCUGUGCGUCUUUGCUAUCAACAACGACAAAUCCUUUGAGGACAUUGCCAUGUAUAGGGAACAGAUCAAGAGAGUAAAGGACUCAGACGAGGUUCCUAUUGUCCUGGUGGGGAACAAGUGUGACCUGCCCGCACGCACAGUGGAAAAUAAACAGGCAUGGACCCUGGCCAAGAGCUACGGAGUCCCCUACGUAGAGACAUCUGCAAAGACAAGAAUGGGAGUGGACGACGCGUUCUACACACUGGUGCGAGAAAUCAGGGCUUACAAGGAGAGACAAGGCAAAGCUGGCAAGAAGAAGAAGAAGAAUUUCAAGAGCCGAUGCACCAUCUUGUAACUGUUCCCUGCCUGUCACCAUUCCACAUUGUUUUACAGCACCACUGAGGCUGUUCUGGAAAUUUCAAAGAAAAAAGUAUGAGGCAAGAUCACAGUUUCAAAGAAUUAACUCAGCUGGCAGUACAUGUAUUUAAAUUCCUUUAUAUUGCUGUCACCCACCCAGUACUUUUGAUUUGUGUCUUGCCAUCCUUCUAUUUUCUGUAUCCAGGACAGCCAGGAAAUUUCUACACAAAGUAUUGAUUGAUUUACAUGUAUCAUAGUGAUAAGAAUCACGGCCAUUCCAUUGCAAAGUCUAGCCGGCCUGAGCAGAAAGCUAGCAGUCUAACCUGCUUUCCUCAUGAGUAUGACCAUGUCUCCCUGUUCAUAUAUUUGUAAACCCCCCACACUUCCAACAUGUCAGUAGACACAGGAGAAUCCCAGUCUGUGGAAAAAGUUAUUUUUGAUUCAACUACCUUUGAUUAAGACUCUACUACAUGUACAUGUCAUGGUGUGCCAGGGAUUCUUUUUUGAAAGGGUAACAAAUUUUUUUCUGUGUGUUUUAAUUAUGUAUUUCAGUGACAUUUAAUGUUGAUUUACAGAUACAGGACAGCUGAUGUCCUCAAAAGACCACAUGUAUAGUGGCAUACAGUUGUAUGUAUGUGUGUUGUUGGUGUUUUUUUCGGAACUUUUUUCCACAUGCGGUUAUUGUAUAUAUCGAAAUCACACAAGACUUCACGGCAAGUUCACAAAGAUAAUUCUGUUAUUCUCACUCUCACAGUCCUCUUCACUCUUGACCUUAACAUGUCAACUAGAAGCAGGAACAUUGAAUUUCGUAAAUCUCUGCACUUCCAUCAUGGUUGCAAGAAACUGCUAUAGGCUUAGUGUUUUUUGAAGAGGAACACCUUCAUUUUGAAAACUAAGAUUAUGAUAAGGUAGCUUAUAAUUAUCAUUCAUUGUCAUGUCCUGGCCUUGGUGAUCCCAUCUUCUCUACAGCUUCCGCAAAAUCAUUCAAUUGUACAAUGAACCCUACAUUAUGGAAGAAAUGGUACAGUACAAUGAAUGAUCCAUUUUAUGUCAAGUGAGCAGGCUUUAUAUUUAUGCCAGAUAGCAAUCACUGAAGCAACUAGAUAUGAUUUUGGAAACUGUCAGACGUUGCUUGAGUCAUUGCUGUUUUGCAUAUCUUAUUACCUGAAUGUCUAACCUUUGUCCUUGUAAGAUUUAUAUUUAUGUUAUCAUGCAAUUAAUGUAUGUGAUAGGGUGAAGUUUUGAGAAGUAUCGCUUUUAAACCUUUGGAAAUGUCCUUUAAAAGCUUGACAGUGACAUGCUUACUGUGUACCCACUGUACACACACAUCUUUGAGCUUCAUGUACACGUAUUUGUAGACAGACAGGGUAAGGAGGAAUGGGUAAUGCUGUAUGAAAUGGUUAUCUCUGAACCCUUGCGGUAGCCUUCACAGCAGGCUCUCUGGGACUUAUUUUUGCUCAUAAUACACUUUUGCUGGCCCUUUCUUUUUGUACUGGGUCACUUCUACUGCUGGUCCGUAGUAAAUCCCCAGAGAGCCUGCUAUGGAGACUACUCCUGUGGGUUGUUUCUGUAACAGUUGUUCCUGAGUGACACUGCCUGGUGAUUGACAUGUUGUCACCCUGCUGGAGUGAUGGUACUGGCGCAUCCUGUAAACUUGUGUGUAUAAAUUUCAUUCAAGUGCUGCCGUGACAAGUCUGCAUUGUCCAAACCAUUGUCUGGACAUGAACUCACUACAUCCAGACUAGUAGCAAUAAUGAGGUGUGCUUGUGUGGGAAAGAAACACUGUGUAAGUAGUAGUGGUUGCUAGUGUACCACAUCUGAGCAAGCUCGAAACUUGUACAUAAUAUGUAGUGGGGUCAACAUACAUGUAGUAGUAUUAUCACAGUGAUUCAUGCUGGAAAGUGCAAAAUGUGAUGUUUUAGAUUUCCAAUCAUGGCAGUCACAUGAUACAGGCUUGUGCUUUCCUAAGCUUUAAGAAUGGAUUAACCAAUUUUGCACAAUCAUGGAAAUGAACUAUGAAAUAGCACUAAGUAUGUUAGGAAGAGAAAGGUUAGCAUUUUUAUAGUUCUUGGAACAACAAAGGGUUUUAACUUUGAAGCUAUGAUGAGAAAAACACCAAUGAAAUGGGUGAAAUUUUAGCUUUUAACUGGCACAGUCAAAUGUAUGUGCAUGUAUGAAAGAUGUAGUUUGGGGUUAGUCUUUUCUUACAUGUGUAACGCCAUGUAACAUGAGCUGUACCUGUACCAUACCAACAUGACAUAAGUUAUUGUGCUUAGCUAUAUGGCUCUACAACCAACAAUGUGUGUGUACUCUUCUGAGAGCAAAUCUACUUGUAAUCUACGUGUAAUGUUACAUACAUGUACAUGUAUAUGUCAUGGAAGGUGUCAGUUUCCGUAUUACCUAGUCUGUUGUAGGACAUGCGAGCCCAGUCAGUAGCAAAGAUAUGUUCAAGCAUUAAGAAAUUGUCCUUAAAUGCUUUUUUCAACAACUAAAUGUUGUGACAGCCAGCGUAAUCCAAACCCUUUGUCCCCAUCUACAAUGUACUUGCUGUAGGAACUUUCUCUCUAAUGUGUGCCAUUUGAAAUGUGUAGUACAACGUUUGCUGUAUAUAGCCUGCAUUAUCAACACUACUGUAGAAGUGAUGUGUAUCAUGUACAUCAUACCUGUGUCAUGUACAUGUCUUCAAUGCUCUACACAUAGGUGUUUCUUCUUGUAUGUAAAAUAAAUGAAGAUCACAUGAUAAGAAAAUGUAAGUUGUAACUAGACUUGGUGAUGAUGACAUUGAGAUGUGUAAAAAAUCUACAUUAAGCUGAAAUUUGCUUUAUGUUAUGUUGACAGUGCUGAAUGGCACUAUUGCACAACUUAAACAUCUGAAGUACCCCUUUUUCUAUUGUUUUGGGGACUUUCGUAUCUUUAAUACUUCUCUUGUAUUUUAUUAAGAUCAUUUCUCUAAUGAGGGGUUUUGACAUCAUAUGUAAGGAAUAUGAUUUAUUCCUUCAUCAUUUGAUGUCGACAUUAAUUAACGAAUCUGUGUGUGAUGUAAAAUAUAGAGUCUAGAUGUCUGGUUGUAAAUCUGUGAUAAAGUAAACAAUGG